GGCUGGGGGCGCUGCUCAAUGAGAGAGGUCACGUGGGAGUAUCUGAGAAAAGGGGGCCGUCAGGAAAGCGCUUUCACCUUUUCCUGAAAUGCCCCGGAAGUACCUGUGCCCUCAGUAAAGAUGGCAGUAGCGUUUGCCAGGAGGGAGGCGGUGCUGCGCCUGCGCAACAAGUUCUGCAGGGAAGAUGGCGGAUGACAAGGAUUCUCUUCCCAAGCUUAAGGACCUGGCUUUUCUCAAGAACCAGCUGGAACGCCUGCAGCAGCGUGUGGAAGACGAAGUCAACAGUGGUGUAGGCCAGGAUGCCUCAUUCUUGUCCUCCCCAUUCCUCAAGGGCUUCCUGGCUGGCUAUGUGGUGGCCAAACUGAGGGCAUCAGCAGUAUUGGGCUUUGCCGUGGGCACCUGCACUGGCAUAUAUGUAGCUCAGGCAUAUGCUGUGCCCAAUGUGGAGAAGACAUUGAGGGACUAUCUUCAAUCACUGCGCAAAGGGCCCGACUAGCUCUGGAUUCCAUGAGGGAGGCAGGAUGAGCAGCUGG